CCGCGGGGCACUGCGGCAGCCCCGCCCCUUCCUGCCUGCGCGCGGGGCAGCCGCCGUGGGGCGGAGCGGAUGUGCUGCGUUGGGUCGGUGCGGGGCAGCCCCGGAGGUUGCUGAACGCAAAUCUACUUCACCUUUUUGAUAAGCAGACAUGGCUGUCACGCUGCAUACGGAUGUGGGAGAUAUUAAAAUUGAACUAUUCUGUGAGCGUACACCAAAGACUUGCGAAAAUUUCCUGGCUCUCUGUGCUAGUAACUACUACAAUGGCUGCAUAUUUCACCGGAACAUAAAGGGCUUCAUGGUUCAGACAGGGGAUCCAUUAGGCACUGGGAAAGGAGGUAACAGCAUUUGGGGCAAGAAGUUUGAAGAUGAAUUCAGCGAAUACUUAAAGCACAGUGUCCGUGGGGUAGUUUCAAUGGCAAACAAUGGUCUGAAUACCAAUGGAUCACAGUUCUUCAUCACUUAUGGCAAGCAACCACACCUAGACAUGAAGUAUACUGUGUUUGGAAAAGUUAUUGAUGGCUUGGAGACCCUGGAUGAGCUGGAGAAGCUGCCUGUGAAUGAGAAAACCUACCGACCUCUUAAUGAUGUUCACAUUAAAGAUAUUACAAUUCAUGCCAACCCUUUUGCUCUGUAGCCACAGAGCGCCUGGACACGUUCUUUAGAGACUGGUCAGAUUGGCUGCUGGAUUAUGGGGUUUAAAGUGCUGUUGAGAAGGGUUCCUUGAGCUGGAUCACACCUUUGCUCAUUUAGUGUGGGAUUUUCAGGACCUGUAACGUAGCUUGGGAGUUGUUACAGAAUAGUCUUGUGCUUUAGAAGCCAGUUUCUCCAGAGUAUC